AAGAUAAAAGGCAGUUAGGUUCUCAGUUUGUCCCUGAGCAGUAGCAUUCUCUUCACACCCCAGAUGAAAAGCAUGGAGAGACUAUGGGCCCAAUGCGUGUGCCUGCUGCUGCUGCUGGGCAUGCUGGUCAACAUAGAAUGUUCUGGAAAUCACAGUGCAAACGGUUCGACCACAGACAUCACCACAGACUCCAACAGCACCACCACUUUGCCUGGUGCAGUGCCUGGGAUCACCACAACCCCACUGCCAUCAGGAAACCAGACAGAAAACAGCAGCGCCCCUAUCCCUCCCAGCCCUGUGACCCGUGCACCACCCACCAGACCUCCCCACAACACCACCACCGACACUGACCAGAGCAACACCACCAGAGGGGUCACCACGCCAGCUGCACCCACAACCACAAGAGAUGCUACCAAGGACACUCACCCAGCGACCACAGUGGCACCUACCCCACCAGCUCAAGGAAGUAACAAAGCAGGAUAUAUUGUUUUGAUAAUCGUCAUUGUAGCUGCAAUCAUCCUUGUGGCAUAUUGUUGCCUCAAACAGAACAAAACAAGGAGAUACUCUAUUGACCUGCGCAAUAAGCAUGAGGACGCCGUGAUCCCCCUCAGCACAGUGGAGGCUGACGCCGUGUUUGAUGCUACGCCCGAUAAAGAGAUGGGGACCUUCACUGCCCAAGAGGCAGCUGUGGCCUCUCCAGAGACGGCUGCCCAGGCUCCUGAGCCUGCAGGGGAACCAGAGCCUGUCCAGGGGGAGCCCGUGGCGGGAGAGAAGACGGUCACUGACGCCAAAGUGUCCGGCUCCCAGGAGGCACUGAUAGUUGAGCAGAAGCCUGAGAAGAUGGAGGUGGUGGAUCUCACUGAAGGAGAGCCCACCGUCUCCAACAAAACCUCUGUGGAGUCCCUGGAGGACCAGCUCAAUGACAACAACAGCAACAGCUACGGCACCAGGGCUAAUGGGAUCGUUUUUAAGGGCAGUGUUUAUGAGAUCCCUCAGAGCGACCCAUUUUAGGAAAUGCUGGCCUCCAGAUCCUGACCACAAUAGCUGAACUGCUCACCCUGAUGAAAAGGAUGUUUCCAGGAAAUGGACCUCCACCAAUUCGGCUCAAAUGUACUCUCACACUCUCUCCAAACUCUUUAUUUUUGUUUUACUUGUUUCAUAUGCAAAUGACAUUCAUAGUGAUUGAAUGUUUUUGCAUUUACAGAAUUAUUGUAUUGGUUCAUACUAGUAUGACGUGUAUAUAUUUCCAAGUAUGCUUGCUUUCACUUAUCUGGUGUCAUUAGUAAUCCAUGACAGGUGAGGUGUCUGGCUAGUACUUUGAACAUCCAUCACUGUCAUAUUCCAGAUGAAUUUCUUCUGAUGUUGUUAAGGUUUUAGAUUCUUGCCAUUCCUGUGUAAAAACAUUGUUAGCUGUUUGUUUUCUCAAAAUUACUUUGCACAUUCCUGUGUCAUUUUGAAAAGAAAGUAAAUGUUUCCUAUAAUUCA